GGCACUGGACUGGCGCAUGCGCGGAGAGUAUACGACCACUGAUCACGACAUUACCUGAGAUUUCCUAGUUGAAGGGAUUACCAUGGCGGUGUCCGGAUGUGUGCGGCCAUGCUUCAUCGUAUUCAAUUUCUUGUUUUGGCUGAUGGGGUUGUUCCUCGUGGGUUUCAUUGCCUGGACAAUGGCCACCAACCCAACACUGGUUAGCGGCUUCAUUUCCGGCUCUCGGUACUUUACCUACUCUAUUUUGGGGGCAGGCAUUCUCAUCGUGUUGGCAGGUCUGUUUGGAUGCAUCGGCGGACUGAAAGAAGGGACAUGCCUCCUGAAGACGUUUUUUGUCUUCACCGUCAUCAUCUUCCUGAUUGAGAUAGCCGGUGUCGUGACGGCCUACAUGAUGAGGGAACAGUUACAAGUGUACCGGGAUUCCGGGUGGGCCGACUUCAACACAGACACCAAGAACUUCCUGCAGAAGGAGUUGAAGUGCUGCGGCUUCAACAGCGCGACAGAGUACGGCGCCACCGUGGCCGAUUACCCCGACAGCUGCUUCUCAGACCCUUCUACCAAAACCGUUGCCAAUCAACACAAUGCUGUAUGUUGGGCUAAGAUCAACGAAUGGCUGGACGGCAACUUGCCGAUAUGGGCGGGGACACUGGGCGCUGUGGUGCUUGUGCAGAUCGUGAGCCUGAUCCUGGCUGCAGUGAUUGUGUCAAAGGUCAAGAAAUCCCGCAAGGUGUCGACCACGCCUUCUUACAAAGGCCAAGCGUGGGACGCCCGUCACAACGGGGGUAGACAUGCUGGGCACAGGGGUGGUAGUCGCAGGUACUAGCAGCAAAAACCCGACAAAGAACACAUCAGUUGUCGAUAUAUAAUAUUUCCUGGAAAAAUGUAAGUUAGGGAGGGGGAAAAGUCUAUCACUUAGAUAGUUAUCACGAUGGUAUAUUUUUGGAGUUGAUGUAAAUAUAUAUGCUCUACGAUACACAGAACAGUACACAAUAUUGACAUAGGAGUAACGUUGACUUUUAGUCGUUGAUUGACAUGACGAACCAGUCACAUCCGUCCAUAAUUUAUAAUUUUGAAGAUAUGGUUGGGAGAUGUUGGGAUGAAGGAAGGGCGUGGGUGUAGUUGGGGUUGUUGGUGUGGGGUUGGGGUGGGUGGGGUGGGGGUGGGGUGAGGCUGGGGUGGCGUGGUGCAGCAGAUAGACAAAGGGCUGACGUAUACCAGUUGUGCCUGAAACAGUUGUUGGGUGUUUUGUUGUAAGUUCAGUAAACACCUCUUACCGUGUAUGUAUAUGAUUUAUAUAUCCUCAGUUUAACAUUGGGCUUUGUUAGUUUAUACGUUCUUAGUUUAUGUUUUCGUUCGUUUUACUUGAAUCUGUUUUUUGUGUUAUAUUUUACACAGAAGAUUUUUAAUUAUUGUGCCAAAGCUUUUCGGCUGUCUAGCAACAAUUUACAUGUGUAUUUGUAUAAUCCCUCCAUAUAUAGUGAUACUUUAUUGAGGCAUAAAGGACCUUGUACUGAAGAAAGAUGGUUUCUUUACAACUGAUUUUCGGCCGUCUCAUAGUACUGACGCGUUGUAACCAAAUAUCCAUUACGAUAUAUCCGUCCCUUGGUGUAUAUAUUUUCGAUAUUUAUAUAUUUGUAUAUCUUUCGAUGAAGGGAGACCGUGGAGAAGAUGUCUUGAUAAUGAGGCUGUUUGUACGGGGUCAUGGCCGAGCAUGACUUGUAUGGGCGUGGCCUCGUCAGUUUUCUGCCUCCAUAUUCCAUCCCUAGUAACACGCGCAGUAUGGAUGAGGCAGCUCACUGGUGCCAGUGAUCACUCAACAAGCCAUAGCUGGGUUCGAUGCAAACAUUCUCACUUUGAUAUUAUCUUUCAUAUUUGUUCGUGUCUGCAUUCGAAGAGAAAACUUGCAUAAAUGUAAAAAAGCAUGAAAUCACCUAUGUUUCUUUAAAAAAUAACAAUAUUUUCUUUUUGUGAUGUAAUUCAUACGAUAAAGGUACAUCUGUCUGAGAUCAGCGUUUUCACAUGAAAUGAAUAUGUAAGACUAUUGAUGACAUUUUGUGGAAUAUGUUGUAACGGAAUUAACUUGCUCUACAAAUGUCGUGUUGUUGUUUGGUUUUGUAUAUUACAUUACACGUUAUUCAUUUUCGAAAUUUGUUUUCAAGAGAAAUAAUGUUUGUCGAGACAGCUGAACCAGUAACUACGCCACGGUUAUCUCCCUUGCACUGACUGCUGUUGGCUGGGUGUUAUUACCUCCCUUGUCCUGAACUCUGUUGAUUUGGAUGUUGUUGUUUUGUAAUGACAUUGUACUGAGACCGUAGUUUGAGCUGGCUGUACAAUCAUUCAUGUUUGUGAUAGUAAACCUUAUCUGUUAUUGUGUGUUAUAUUUAGAUGUUGUUUGUGUUUUGCAGAUUGUCAAUUGUAGCAAUAAAUGUAAUUCCAUUUGUAUUUGACUUAACUCAUUUUGAAAACCAUGUCAAAUGAGAAAUAUCAAAAACUCUUCCACAAUUUAAAUGGGUUUGAAUAAAUUAUUUUGUCACUGAA